AUGGUCUCUGCCAAGAAGGAGAUGGUGACUGCGAUGUACCCUAUUUACAUAUCUACUCUCUUUUACUUUUUCUGCGUGACGUUUUGCUUAAAGAGAGUCUCUGGACAGAUAAAAAAGGAUGAGAAAAUAUAUCCCGAAAAUUUCACGCGAAUUCUAGAUCGACUUCUAGAUGGAUAUGACAAUAGACUUCGACCUGGAUUUGGGGGUCCAGUGACAGAGGUGAAAACCGACAUCUACGUCACCAGUUUUGGACCGGUCUCUGAUGUGGAGAUGGAAUACACAAUGGAUGUGUUUUUUCGUCAGACUUGGGUUGACAGAAGAUUGAAAUAUGAAGGACCAAUCGAAAUCUUACGGCUCAACAAUCUGAUGGUUACAAAAGUGUGGACCCCAGACACCUUUUUCAGGAAUGGGAAGAGAUCCGUGGCUCACAACAUGACUGCCCCAAACAAGCUCUUUCGCAUCAUGAAGAACGGCACUAUCCUCUACACUAUGAGACUAACAAUAAGUGCAGAGUGUCCAAUGAGGUUAGUGGAUUUCCCAAUGGAUGGACAUUCCUGCCCCCUCAAGUUCGGAAGCUAUGCAUACCCUAAAACUGAGAUGAUCUACACAUGGACUAAAGGACCUAAGCAUUCAGUGGAGGUGCCCCCAGAGUCCUCCAGCCUCGUACAAUACGAUCUGAUUGGGCAGACUGUGUCCAGUGAAACAGUCAAAUCCAUCACAGGUGAAUAUGUGGUGAUGACAGUCUACUUUCACUUGAAGAGGAAAAUGGGCUACUUCAUGAUUCAGACCUACAUCCCCUGCAUCAUGACAGUAAUCCUCUCCCAAGUGUCCUUCUGGAUAAAUAAAGAGUCUGUCCCCGCCAGAACUGUCUUUGGCAUUACCACAGUGCUGACCAUGACAACUCUGAGCAUCAGUGCACGUCACUCUUUGCCAAAGGUCUCCUAUGCCACAGCCAUGGACUGGUUCAUAGCUGUCUGCUUUGCCUUCGUCUUCUCUGCCCUCAUCGAGUUUGCCGCUGUCAACUAUUUCACCAACGCCCAGGCAGAGCGUGCCAAGAAAAAGCAGGCUAAAGCCGCGGCGGCCGCGGCCGCCAAAACCGCCGUCCCGUCGGGCAAGACCAAGGACACGGAGGAGGUGUUACAGCAAAGCUCAGAUACAAAUGGAAACCUGCGGAAGAGGCUGAACUCAUCCACUCAGCCAGAUUCAAAGAGCAGCAAAAGAACUGCAGAGACCAAUAGCAGCGCAUCAGGUGGAACAAAACAGCCCCAAGCGAGCCAGUCCUCUUCAGCCGCAGGGUUGACAAGCAGCUCCUCUGCCCAGUCACACCUCAGCCCUAAAUCUUCCAGCCAAUCCAAUAUAGCCGCUUCAGCUCCCUCAUCUAAAAACACACCUCCAGCCCCACCCUCCACACCAACUGUUCCCGGGCACUCCUCAUCCAACAUGCAUGUUGGCUCUUCUUCCCUCCAACAACUUCUGGGAGCCAAACUGGAAAACAUACAGAAAAUGGAAGCAAAACAAGGCUCCUCCAGCGGCCAGUCUGGAGGUCCGGCCACAGGGGGCACCAGCAAAAUCGACAAAUACGCACGGAUCCUCUUCCCAGUGUCUUUUGGGGCUUUCAACAUGGUAUACUGGGUUGUCUACUUAUCGAAAGAUACCAUGGAACAAAGAGCAGGUUAA